UUCGCGCCGAUGACGAGGCCAACUGCCAAAGUAUACGCCACAAGCGAGCGCUCUCGUGGGGCUCGUUCCGUUUGCUCCCUUGUUUUGCUCGUUUUGCGAUUCGGCCACUGGUCGGCGUAAGAAGUUUCCAAUCUGCGGGUGGUGAGAAACAAAGCCACUAUCAGCGGUCGGCGCGGCCGGGACGAACAAUACGGGCGAUCGUCGGCAGAUAACCCUGCGUGUCCACGACGGCGGUGGACGUGAGCCGCUCACUGAGCGUACAGCAAUGCGACGGGCGGGAGCCAGCGCUGAAGACGGCAUACGGUUCCGCUUCAAGCAGCAGUACACGCCAGAGCAGAGGAAGCAAGAAGCGGACGCUAUCCUCCAGAAGUACCCGCAACGUAUUCCUGUGAUUGUGGAGCGAGCGCCCAACUCGCACGUUCCUUCCAUUGACAAGCAGAAGUUCCUGGUGCCCAAUGACAUCACGGUGGCGCAGUUUAUGUGGAUCGUGCGGAAGCGCAUUCAUCUCUCGCCAGAGAAGGCACUCUUCGUCUUCGUUGGCCGCCUUAUGCCCCAAUCCAGCCUCAGCAUGGGAGACCUAUAUGCCACGUACCACGACGACGAUGGCUUCCUCUACCUCGCCUACAGUGGUGAAAACACGUUCGGCUACCUACGCUCCGGAACAAGUGUGCCCCUACAGACUUGAACUGUCGUGCCUGCGUGCCUCGUAGUGCGCCGUUCCUUCCUAUGCUUCGCGGUGCAGCAAGCGGCCGCCUUCAUUUUAAAACAAUACUAUCGCAAACUUUCCCGUGACGGCUUUUUUUUUUUCGUUUUAACUCGUGUGGUUGGAACCUCGUGCAUCCUGUAUGAAGUGGCGUAACAUGUGGCAGCUUGUUACAAAUAAAAUUAGCUAUUUAACAAUAUGUGAUCACGGGUUUCGAUCACCGUACGUCGCGCAUGCAUCAGGAAGGCAGUGACCACGAACUGUUUGUAACCGCGCCGCACGGCUCAUUCAUUGGUGUUUUCUGUGGAGUAUUUAGGCUUUGCCCAGCAUCAUCGGUUCUCAAGUUUAAACGUCUAGGCCAACAGCUCACCUAAGGUCCUCAAUCUGGAGCAAGCUGUGUGUCACAGUUCCAUGCUUUUGGUUGCCAUUCUUUUCAAAGCAUCCGUGGCUUGGUGAUUUAUGUUCACCGACAGGAGAAAGUAUGUGCUCCAUGUUUCAGUGUCACAUGCUCAUUUGAAGCUUAUGUCGUGUACGCGCAGCAACUGGUUGUUCGAAGAAAAGCAUAGAUUUACAUCUUUUUUCUUUGCAAACAACUGUGCUGCAGACUUGAGUGUCCUACGCAUCCUGCCUCUCGUCGACCGCUUUCUGCACCUCCUUUAAAACCAGCAUUAAAUACUCGCAGGAAAGCGCUAAAUGGAUAUUUGAUAAGUGUGCUCAGAAGUGGCAUGAACGAUCUGGAAAAGGUAUGGAGGUUUUCUCGACUGUAUGAAUAGAAAUACGGCGUUCUAUAUCGCCUGCUCAUAUUUCUCUUUCGAACGCGUUGUCAUUUAUGCAAGGUUUUAAUAUGUGAAUGUACGAGAUUUCAACUCUUGUUCAUUUUUAUUAUUUGUUCUAGAUGUGAAUGCUGAAAAAAUGCGAUCAACCAAAAAUAAAGUUCACACGAAAAGCAAGUC